AUGGCCAGAAACCUAAGGUGGCAUUCUACUAACCAGAGCAGCGAUGAGAAACUAAGGCAUCCCGUAGAUUCUGUGACAUGGAAACAGAUGAAUGAGAAGUAUCCCACAUUUGCCGCUGAGGAAAGGAAUAUACGGCUGGGACUCUCUACGGAUAGAUUUAAUCCUUUCAACAUGCAGAGCAGUAAGUACAGUUGUUGGCCUGUGCUGUUAGUUAACUACAAUUUGCCUCCUAACCUAUGUAUGAAGAAGGAGAAUAUCAUGCUAACACUGCUCAUUCCUGGUCCACAACAGCCUGGUAAUAGUAUUGAUGUCUACUUAGAGCCAUUAAUAAAUGAUUUAAAUCAGUUGUGGAGCAAAGGAGAGUCAACAUAUGAUGUUGUGAGUAACACUGCAUUUACAAUGAAGGCAAUGCUGCUCUGGACUAUUAGUGAUUUCCCAGCCUAUGGAAAUUUAGCUGGAUGCAAAGUGAAAGGAAAAAUGGGUUGUCCUGUGUGCGGGAAACACACUGAUAGUAUGUGGCUGAAGUUCUGUAGGAAGCAUGUGUAUAUGUCUCAUAGAAAGGGUCUCCCACCAAUGCAUAGAUAUAGGUCGAAGAAGGCUUGGUUUGAUGGACACGCUGAACACGGGAGAAAGUCUAGGAUACUAUCUGGUCAUGACAUUUCCAAUAACCUGCACUUUGUUAACAACUUUGGGAAUUUUAGAGAAGGUAGAACGAAGAGGAAAAGAACAGUGAGUGUUGAAGAAGACUGUGAUAUUGAGGACGUUCCAGUGAAUCUGAGGCAGAGGAAGAAGAUGAAGUUGAUGAGGAGGAGUUGUCAAGAUGGAAAAAAAGAUCAAUCUUCUUUCAACUUUCUUAUUGGGAGAAAGGAUCUGCACCCGAGGGCCAAAGGGAAAAGGACUUACCUGCCAGCAGCACCUUGGUCUUUGUUGAAGAGUGAGAAGAAAGUAUUCUGCAAGCGACUUUCUGAUUUUAAAGGACCUGAUGGAUAUUGUUCAAACAUAUCUAGGGGUGUUUCAGUAGAAGAGUUUAAGGUAUCAGGUCUCAAAUCACACGACUAUCAUGUGCUGAUGCAACAGUUACUCCCGGUUGCAGUUAGAGGAUUAUUACCUAAAGGCCCGAGACUAGCAAUAUUACGGAUGUGUGCAUUCUUCAACCGGUUAUGCCAGCGAGUAAUAGAUGUAGAGCAGAUUUCAAAAAUGGAAGCAGAAGUUGUGGAAACUCUCUGUAUGUUUGAGAGAUUUUUUCCUCCAAGCUUCUUCGACAUAAUGGUUCAUUUGACAGUUCAUCUUGGAAGGAAAGCUAAACUAUGUGGUCCAGUCCAUUUUCGCUGGAUGUAUCCAUUUGAGAGACACAUGAAGAUCCUAAAAGACUAUGUUAGAAACACUGCGAGGCCAGAGGGUUGUAUUGCUGAGUCCUAUCUUGCAGAAGAGUGCAUGCAGUUCUGCAGUGCGUUUCUUAAAAAGACAACCAAUGUGGAGGAGAAAUUAGAUAGGAAUGCUGACUAUGAGAGCCAGACAAUCCUGGAGGGACGUCCAAUAUCGGCACCAAAAUCAAUUAACCUCUCUGAAAUGGAGAAGAAAACAGCCCACCUUGCUGUCCUACAGAACACAUCUGUUGUUGACCCUUAUGUUGAGUGUCAAUGGGCAGUACGAGGAAACGGAGUUAAGGUGGAAGAUGGGUACACACUUGUUAACUUGAAUCAGUCUCAAGUUUCCAUUAAUAGGGAUCCAUACAUAUUAGCUUCUCAGGCAAAACAAGUGUUUUACUCAAGGGAGGAUGAUACAUCCUACUGGUAUGUUGUCCUAAGAGGUCCAUCAAGAAGAUACAAUGAAACAGAAGAAGAAGAUGUCAACAUAGAUAUUGGACCAUUGCCAUCAAUCAUUGAUAUGGAUGUUGAAAUAGAUGAAGCUCACAAUGCCCGAGUUGAUUGUGAAGGCAUAUAUGUGUGA